UUCGCCGUUCGCCCGCCAGCUGCUGCUGCUGCUGCCGCUGCUGCCGGCUGCCGCCAGUCGCUACUCCACCACCACCACCACCACCACCACCAGUCCAGUCCAGUCCCAGUCCCAGUCAGUCGCCGUCCGACCGUUGUAAGCGAUUCACGUCUCUCACCCGCGUUCCAUUCAGUAAGUGUGUGUGUGCGUGUGUGUGAAGAAAAGGGAUUCAGUGCCACAUCCUCUCCGCCUCCAGGACCCCUCGUGGAAUAUAUCCUCGCCGAGCAGUCCAGUGCAACCACAGGUGAUUAUCGGCUCCUCUACUCGUGCCACUCCUGUCGUCACGUACUGCACACUGUGCAGUGAGCAGGUACCAGCAGCAGGGCUGCAAAUACAGCGUAACACAGACAACGCAUCAUGUCGUCCCCAUCUCUGAAUGAGCUGCCGAAGGUGGCUGUGGACCUCAAGAGCCAGCUGGAAGGCUUCAACCCCAGCAACAUGAAGCAUGCUGUCACUCAAGAAAAGACUGUGUUGCCCACGGCCGAAGAUGUGAAGCAGGAGCGGCAACACAACAACUUGAUUCAAGAUGUGGAGAACUUCAGCACGGAUAGGCUGAAGCGUGCUGCCACUCAAGAGAAAUUUGUGCUUCCAAACGCACAAGAUGUUGCUUCAGAGAAGACGCAGAAGGCGCUGAUUGAGGGAGUAGAGGCUUUCGACAGCAGCAAGCUGAAACCCACAGAAACUCAAGAGAAGAAUCUUCUUCCUGAUAAAGAUGUUGUGCAGCAAGAAAGGGCUCACCAAAAUCUGCUCAAUGGUGUGGAGCACUUUGAUAAGUCAUCCAUGAAGCAUGCAGAAACACAGGAGAAGAACCCUCUCCCAGACCCUGCAGCCAUUGAACAAGAAAAGGGACAGCAACAGCUAAUUGCGGGAAUAGAAAACUUCAACCCCAAAUCACUGAAGCACACUGAAACCCAAGAGAAGAACCCACUGCCAACCAAGGAAGCCAUUGCCCAGGAGAAAGGUGCAUAAGGUACUCAAGCUACAAGAACAUUUCCCAGCAGCAUGCUGGCAUGCUUAUUGUGCAGAGAGAGAGAAGGCUCAAUCAAUAAUUUCAUUUGUUCUGUUUCUUCAAUUUUGUACUUUUUGAUAAGUGUACAUCUUAAGCUUUUUGUAAAUUACAAAACAUUUUGAUGGCCUGUAGCAUGUUUUAUCCAUGCAAACAUAAAAUAAGAUUUUAUAACUUUCCCCCCUUUUUGUCUCUUAAGAGUUUAGCUAAGUGCAAAACUUUUUAUGAACUGUUUCAAGUAUCCUUUCCAAAAGACUUAAUCAAAUGAAUUCUUGUCAUUGCUUCCCAUUAAGUCAGUCAGUAGGCUAUUCUACUGUUACUUCUGUUCUUCUCACCUUUUACUUUUAUUGCUAACUCCUAUCUUAAGAAAAUAUGGUAGUGUUGAUGAAUUUUGUACGAUGCUUCUUUUAGUUUACAUAAAUUUUAUAUUUAUUCAGUCAAGAUGGCCUGUGUCACGUAUGUGUAAUCACUCGUAACUGAGAUAUGGAAAAACUACUGUGCUGAUGUGCAGUAGACAACGCUUUGAUAUACCCUUAAUAAAAAGAGUAAGAAAGACA